AUGUCACCUUAUAGGUUGGUGUUCGGGAAAAUGUGCCAUCUGCCCGUGGAAGUGGAACACAAGGCAUACUGGGCCAUAAAAGAGAUGAAUAUGAGGGCGCCGGCCUGUGAAGAAGAACGGAAGCUGCAACUACAAGAACUGGAGGAGCUAAGGCUAGAGGCAUUUGACUCAGCAAUGUCGUAUAAAGAAAGAACAAAGCUCUGGCGUGAUAAGAACCUUCGGGUCAAGGAACUACGAGUAGGGCAUAAAGUACUUCUUUUUCAAUCUCGGCUCAAGCUGAUUCCUGGGAAGUUGAAAUCCAAGUGGAUAGGACCAUACACGAUCGUUGGCCUUCGAGCAAAUGGAGCAGUAGAGAUCCAAGGAAGCGCCCCAAAUUUUGUUCCUUUCCUAGUCCAAUGGACACAUGGUGAAGGUCAGGUAAAAUGGGGAAUAGAAGUUUAUCUGUACACUGACCUAGGGAGUCUUGAGAAUACUCGUUUGCUAGUGUAA